GCGGGUGACUCAUCGAUGUGAGUGUAUUGAUUGUGUCUGCAAUGGCACAGUUCAAUCACAACCCUACGGGAAAGAAUCAACAUGGAGAGAAACUCAAAGCGGAUGACCCGGUUCUCAAAGAGGCACUUGAAAAGUACCAUCACGAGAGGCUCACCGAUAGCAAGAAGAUCGCGAAGCGUCUGGCUGCUGAGUAUCAAAUACACAUGAGUUGGUAUACGGUACGGCGGAGACGGAAGGAACUAGGUCUUAUGGGCAGCGGCGUGACAACCAAGGCUUUGCCGCUGCAUGAGCGUACGCAGUUGGUUGUAUCCCAAAUGGACAAGGAUCCCGCUCGUCACCAAGGCAAAGACACCAUCAUGAGGAAGAUCGCGUUCGAGCAUGGUGUACACUUGACCCGUGACUUCGUCUCUGAGAUCAUGCAUCAACAUGAUGCAGAGGGCUUCGAGAUGCGGAACCCUACUGCUAAGAAGAUUCAUAGCUCCCCAAAACGUCCGAUUGGUAUCCAUGAGAGGUGGGCUGGAGAUGGUCAUGACAAGCUGUACAAGAUCGGCUUCCCCAUAUGGGCAGUUCUUGAUGGUGCAACCGGAAAGUGGCUCGGAGCUUGGAUAGUUCCUAGCAAUCAUAUGGGGAACAUCAUUGCCUAUCUGUUUCUUUGCUUGGUGGAAAAGUACGGCGGCAUACCGCUGCAAUUCACAACUGUUUGUGGCUCAGAAACAACUGCUCUGCAUGGAUUGGUCGAUGCUUUGCGGUCAAUCUCUCAUGAGGAACUCGACAAUCAGCAACUUCCUGCAGAUGUUUACCUUCGCAGUGUGCACAACAUCACCAUAGAACACUCGUGGCUUCGACUUCGACUUGACUUUGGCGAUAACGCUGUGACCCACUUCAACAGAGGCCUGCAGGAUGGCAUAUAUAAUGCAGAGGAUCCUGAGCAAUUCCAAUUGUGUCAGUGGCUGUGGUCACGCCUUCUCCGGCAGGAACUGCAAAACUUCAAAGAUUUUCACAAUGCUGCACGGAUGCGGAAAGACAAGAAGAAGCCCGGCCCAUCUGGAAUGUCCCGCAAUGAGGCAUUCUCACUGCACGAGGAGUGGGGGGGUAAGAACUGUCUCGUCAAAGUCGAUGUGGCCGUUGUUGCUGAGAUCAAGGCCACCAUGGGUGGUGAUCAGAUCCUUGAUUUUGUUUCCGCAGAGUAUGCGCACAUAGCACAGGUCGCAUAUGAUACAUUAGGGAUAGUUGAGUUGACUUUCGAGAAUGUCUGGGAUACCUUCUCGGCCCUUCUGCCUCUUGUUCACAUGGAUUUCCAUUCUGUAUGAGUCUCGGUGAUGUGCCGGACAAGCAUGUAGAAGAAUAUUAUACAAUUCAUUGCUCGUAUUCGGUCAAACAGUGC